AAAAUAGUAUCUCACUCUCUCUCCGUCUCUCGAUCUCACUCUCUCUCUCACCGCGGGUGAAUGGCACACCACGUGGCCCUCUUGCGCUAUCGAGUGUAAUUAUAACACAUUGGCUUUGGGCUUUAAAAUUACAAGCCUGCCCACGGAUUGUUUCAUCUUCUUCUUAAAAUAAUUUACCCCUUCAAAUCCGUGAGUAGGCCUUUAGUUAAGACAGAAUGCAGGUGUUGAACGGGAGGCAUAAUCCGUGUGGAAGGCACUAGGACCGGGGAGAGUUCCCUCUCAGGAGCGCAGGCUAUGAGCAUCGCAUCCACAUAGCGGGGCUGUGGAGGAAACCCCCCCAUCGGAUCUGGCAAUACAGGAUACUUGCGAUUAUAUCCAUACAUGUAUUUUCCAGUCUGUGGCGUGGUGCGGUUUAGCGGAGUGCACAGUCCUGCGUUUGGGAUGGUUGGGCACACUCCAGAGAAUUCCUGAUCGAACCUCUUGGCAAAAGCGAGCAGGCAGAUUUAGGGGGGAGUUCAGUAGGCUACGCUCUUCCAUUGCCCCCGGUUCGUUUUGUAAAUGCCAUAUUUGUUGCCUUUUAUUUUGUAGUUGGUCAUAAUAAUUUCAUUUUUUUUUUACUAUAGAAACCCCCUUUUCUUCGAUCUCUCAGUCUCUCACCUAAAUGCACGUCUGUUUAUUGAGUGAGCUUGGCACUUCUUCAUCUGUCUGAGAACAGAAACAAGAUCCACAUCUUUCUCUUUGGAUUAAACUUCCGUUUAAACCGCCGCGGCUAUCGUCCGAAUGGGUGAUCUGCUUGAAAUACAGUUCUUCAGUGGCACCCUGACACUCCAUGGAAACAUGUUCUCUCUGGCUGAUCCCCGUCGCUGUGAUGUCCAAAGCUUUCCCCACUGACUGACGGACGCUCGUGGAUCAUUUUGUAAAGCGAUUUGAAGGCUGUUAGGUCAAGGGGAAAAUGAGGCCUCCUAGCCCUCUCCUGAUCCUGCUGUAUGUCACCCUGUCCCGCGCCAUGAAGACAGUCUCCAAGAGAGGCUCAGUUGACCUCUGUACAGACUGGUCAGUGGAUUACCUGAAGUACCGUGUGCUGCAGGGAGAGCCGGUGAGGCUGAAGUGUGCCCUGUUCUACGGCUACAUCCGGGCCAACUACAGCCAGGCUCAGAGCGUGGGCCUCAGCCUCAUGUGGUACCGCAGCACUGGCCUGGGCCACGGAGACUUCGAGGAGCCCAUCUCCUUCAACGGCGUGCGCAUGAGCAAGGAGGAGGACGCCAUCUGGUUCAGACCGGCCGACCUGCAGGACGUGGGCCUCUACUCCUGCGUGCUACGGAAUUCAACCUACUGUAUGAAGGUGUCCAUGUCUCUCCACGUGGCUGAGAACGACACAGACCUCUGCUACAACUCUGACAUGAGACAUAUGGAGAAGGCCGAACUCAGCAAGAGCAAAGACAUCACCUGUCCAGACAUAGAGGACUACAUAGAACCUGGGAAAGACCCUCAUAUCAUCUGGUUUAAGGAGUGUCGUCCUAAGCAGUGGCGGGCCUCCAUCCUCCAGAGAAGAGACUCUCUGUCCAUCAGAGAGGUCAAAGAGGACGACAUCGGCAACUACACCUGUGAGGUCACCUUCGGGGCCUUCGUGGUACACAGGACCACUGAGCUCACCGUCACAGCUCCUCUGACUGACAAGCCACCAAAGAUCCUUUAUCCUUCUGAGAACAAGAUCAGCAACAUGGAGCUGCAGCUAGGAAGUGCCCUGAACCUGACGUGCAGAGCUUUCUUCGGCUACGCAGGGGACGCCAGUCCGCUAAUCUAUUGGAUGAAGGGAGAGAAGUUCAUUGAGGACCUGGAUGAGGAGAGAAUCGAAGAGAGCGAAAUCAAGGUGGUCCGGGAGCACCUGGGGGAACAGGAAGUGGCCAUCUCCUUAACGAUCCCCUUGGUGGAGGAGGGGGACCUGGGAAACUACUCCUGCUACGUAGAGAACGGCAACGGGAGACGGCAGGCCAGCAUCCAACUCUCCAAAAGAGCAGAGCUGAUGUACACGGUAGAGUUGGCUGGUGGUUUGGGAGCCAUCCUGCUGCUGCUGCUCUUCCUCAUCUCUGUGUAUAAGUGUUAUAAGAUUGAGCUCAUGCUCUUCUACAGGAGACACUUCGGCAGCGACGACCUGGAUGGAGAUAAUAAGGACUAUGAUGCGUACCUGUCCUACACUAAAGUAGACCCUGACCAGUGGAGUCAGGAGACCAAGGAGGAGGAGCGCUUUGCCCUGGAGAUCCUCCCUGACGUCCUGGAGAAACACUACGGAUACAAACUCUUCAUCCCAGACAGAGACCUCAUCCCCACGGGAAGUCUGGCCAAUGAGCUUUACCAGGAUGACACAAGACUUCUUAGAGCCUACAUCGAAGACGUGGCGCGCUGUGUGGACCAAUCCAAGCGCCUCAUCAUCGUCAUGACGCCCAACUACGUGGUGCGGCGGGGGUGGAGCAUCUUCGAGCUGGAGACACGCCUCCGCAACAUGCUGGUCACCGGGGAGAUCAAGGUGAUUCUGAUCGAGUGUGCCGAGCUGCGUGGCAUCAUGAACUACCAAGAGGUGGAGGCCCUCAAACACACCAUCAAGACCCUCACCGUCAUCAAGUGGCAUGGCCCCAAGAGCAACAAGCUCAGCUCCAAGUUCUGGAAGCAGCUGCAGUAUGAGAUGCCCUUCCGCCGCACCGAGCCAAUGCUGAGCCACGAGCCAGCGCUGGAUGUCAGCGAGCAGGGCCCCUUCGGCGAGCUCCAGACCGUCUCCGCCAUCUCCAUGGCAGCCGCCACCUCCACCGCCAUGGCCACGGCGCACCCGGAGCUCCGCUCGUCCUUCCACAACUCGUACCACACCACCAUGCGGCAGAAACACUACUACCGCAGCUACGAGUACGACCUGCCGCCGGGGGGCACGCUACCGCCGCUGUCAUCUCUAGGCAACCAGCACACCUACUGUAACAUCCCGCUGACGCUGCUGAACGGACAGAGGCCGCCGGCGGGGAAGAGCCGCGAGCACAGUCUGGAGGAGGAGCACACUAACCACGCCAUGCUGCCGCUGUUGCCCAGGGAGACCAGCAUCUCCAGCGUCAUCUGGUGACCGGGACAGGAUAGAACCAUGCGACACUAGUGGUUUGGUCUGGCCUGGUUUGGGAUGGAUCACUUUGGAUUGGUUUGGUGGCGUAGUCACGCUUCUAUGAGCCAGUUCUGAUUGGCUACUGUAGCUAUAGCUGAGAGAUUGUGACAAGUUUGGGUUGGAAUGGACCCCUGUCAACAGGCAAGACAGGGUCAAGGCAGGUUUGGAUUUAACGUGGCCCUCAUGUACACAGAGGAGAAGUUCUUCACCCGAGGAUUAAAGAUUCAGACUGACAACAACAAACUGUUUGACCAAGAGACAACAGAGUUUGAUCAAAAUGAACUCGUGAAUACAAAAUUAAAGAACCCACACACUUUGGCACUUGUGCACUUGCACACACACUUGCACACACACACACAUACACUCACACACAUACACUCACACACACACACACACACACACAUACACUCACACACACACACACACACACUAAAGGAAAACAGGGUCUUGUACAUAUAUUUCCAAUGUAUUUGUAGCAUCAGUGUCUUCCUGUUUUUUGUUCAUAUGUUGUUUUUUAUUCAAUCGUGUGUGUUGCCUUCUCUACUUUAAGACUUUGCUUUAACUUGUCACACAGAUAUAUAUAUUUCUAUUUUUUCUGUUUUUUCUUUGUUAAAAAUGUUUUUUUUUUGUGUUUUUUUUAUAUGCUUAUGAAGAAAGCCAGUAUGUCAUGUAUCUGCGCUGUUGUGUUUUUUUAUCUUGACUUUGUGUAGUUUAAGAUAUAUAUUAUUUUAUUUUACACUUUUGGGGAAUUGCUUGGACAUUGCAACGUUUUACUUCAAGGAGCAACAUCUUAUUUUUGUUGACCUGUAUAAGGUGUAUAUCUAAUUUUAAAAACACUUUAAAAAAUCAUAGAAUAUGCAAAAAGAAGGAGGGGCUACCGGUGAUGUUGAUGUAACUUCCUGUGGGCCAGAGGAAGGGGAGAAGUUAGGGAGUCAUGCUAGUCUUCUCCAGUCAGCCCGCCGGUCAGUCAGAGUUUCAUAUUUUCUAUAAAAACAAACAGCCUUGCUGUUUUAGCGUGAUAGUGAAAUGCCUCACCUUAAAAAUAAAUCUGUAGAUUAUUUUAAAAAUAAGUAUAUUUUUAUAACAAAAAGAGUUUGCUUGAGAAGUCAUACUUAUUUACGUUUCAUCUGACAUUUAGGGAGAGGUAUGCAGUGUGUGUAAUGCAGGUUUUGUACACUACUUUGCUAUAUGGGUCAUGGUUUGUUAAGACAACAAGAUGGAUUUUGAGUCCCUCAUGAAAAUAUUCUUAGAUUCAAAAAGUGAAUGCAUUUUCAAUGUUUUGGUUGAGUUGUUUAAGUAUUCUUUCCAUCCUGAGAGUACUUUGUUUUUAAUCCAUAGGAUAGGUCAUGUUUAAAGAAAGAAGAAGCAUAAGUCUGUGCUUUGGAAUACGUUUUUUAAUUAUAUUUGAAGGUGUAAUUUCUGAGUAUGCAUAGCAAAUAGAUAUGUAUUCUAUAUAUGAUAUAGAUAUUUAUAUAAAUAUAUAUAUAUAUAUAAACACGAUUUUCACUUGGAAAGAAAUGUCUAUCUUUAUAGAAACACAAUCAUACUUAUCAGUUGCCCUUACUUUCUCACUGCACAUUAAAAAUGUUGAUCUCC